AUGGCCGAUGAUCCGGAAAGUGAUUACUUUCAAUCGUGGGUGAACUUCGGGACCGAUUCAGACUUCGCCUCCCCAUCCGACUCUGUAAUGAGGAGACAUGUAGAAGCCGGUGGUACCGUCUACAAAUAUUACAUGACACAUGCUCCGUCCAAGAGUUUUUUCGCUAAUGGAGAUCAGUCUCCAAGCACCCCUUUUCUUGGAGCGGGUCACGCAGAGGAUCUGACUUUUGUUUGGGGUCAUCCGUUUAUUGAUGAGAUUUAUCAUAUUCAUGGACACAAUUUGACAGAUGAGGAGAACGCCCUAUCCGUGAAAUUCAUGCAGUUUUGGACAAACUUUGCAAAGUCAGGUGACCCCAGCAAGUCUAGUGUAGAUGGAGAAGCAGGAGUAGGAGAGGAUUCUUGGCCUUUGUACACGAUCCCUGAGCUCAAACACAAGGAACUUUCCCUAGACUUGGGUGAAGGCAGAGCUGUGCUGGCAAGGCAGUGCCGUUUCUGGAACGAAUACAUACCCGACCUGGAGGCAUUUGCAAAAACGAUCGACGAAGAUGAGAAAGAAUGGCGAGAGAGCUACGACGACUGGAAGGAUGAAAUGACCGACUGGCAGAACGCAUUUGAAGACUACCAGCAGCUACCAACAUGCAACUAG